AUAGUUUCAAAUAUACACAAUGCAAUGGAGCGUCUGCGAAGAGGCGCUAGUCUCUCAGGAGAUGACGUAUUUGGAGUAGUAGUGCAGUAAUCACAGUCGGAGUGUGUUUCCAUAGAACCGCUACUUCGUCACUCUUACAUUAUUGAGAUAAGUGAGAGACGAUAUAAAUUGUUAGACGUGAUUUCGUGAUUUGUGUCAAAGAAAGAAGAAAUCGAAAAGCAGAACAAAAACUUAAUUAUUCACGAUAGCGAGUUUUAUGUGUGACAGUUGAUUGAGAUUACUCGGGGAAAGGGGUGUGGGCCGACUGAACGCCAGAAAAUAUUAGUGUUACAAUUAGUGGAUAGAUCUUUCUUAUACACUGAGGACUGAAAUAAGUUAGGGGCCAGUUCGGGCCCCGGGAUACGCGCUAUGGACACUGUGGACAGUGCUAACAAACGGCAACCCACCCGUGUCUUUAAAAAAUCCAGUCUCAAUGGCAAGAUCACUGUUUACCUUGGAAAAAGAGAUUUCGUCGAUCAUAUAACUCAUGUUGAUCCUAUCGACGGUAUAGUACUCAUUGACCCAAAUUACGUGAAAGAUCGAAAAGUUUUCGGCCAUGUUUUGGCAGCAUUCAAAUAUGGAAGAGACGAUCUCGACGUGCUCGGACUAUACUUCCGAAAGGAACUUUAUCUUGCUGCGGAACAAAUUUAUCCCCAGGUGACAAGCUGUCAGCCGCGCAGAGAGUUGACACGUCUUCAAGAGAGGCUAAUCAAGAAAUUAGGAAGUAAUGCCUAUCCGUUCUAUUUCGAGCUACCACCACAUUGUCCGGCCUCUGUGACGUUGCAACCAGCACCUGGUGACAACGGUAAACCAUGCGGCAUCGAUUACGAACUAAAGGCCUUCGUGGGUGAAACUCAGGACGACAAACCCCAUAAAAGAAAUUCAGUAAGGCUAGCGAUACGGAAGAUCAUGUACGCGCCAUCUAAACAAGGCGAACAACCGUACGUCGAAGUCAGCAAAGAGUUUCUGAUGUCGCCGAGCAAGCUGCAUUUAGAAGCGUCUCUUGAUAAAGAGCUUUAUCAUCACGGCGAAAAUAUAGCCAUAAACGUGCACAUCGCGAACAAUAGUAAUCGAACAGUUAAAAAGAUAAAGGUGUCCGUGCGACAGUUCGCAGACAUUUGUUUGUUUCAAACCGCGCAAUACAAGUGCGUCGUUGCGGAAGCUGAAAGCGAGGAGGGAUGCCCAGUGGGGCCAGGUUUCACGCUGAGCAAAGUCUUCUCCUUGACACCGCUUCUCGCCAACAACAAAGAUAAAUGGGGGCUCGCCCUCGACGGCCAACUCAAAGACGAGGACACCAAUCUGGCGUCCAGCACCCUCGUCGUAGAUCCGUCUCAACGCGAAAACCUAGGAAUUAUCGUCCAGUACAAGGUCAAAGUGAAACUCUGUCUUGGCGCUCUCGGAGGCGAUCUAGUCGCCUCGUUGCCAUUUAUUUUGAUGCACCCUAAACCGGAAGAAGAAAAGUCAACACUGUCAACGUCGCCACCAAGUCCAACGAAUAAAGGCGAUGGUGGUGAGGUACCGCUCGAUACCAACCUCAUACAACUGGACACGGAAGUCGAUGAAGACGACGACAUCGUAUUCGAGGACUUCGCACGUCUAAGGUUAAAAGGCGAGACUGAUGUCUGACCGUGUUGCGUAAAUGAUAUCGUCAAGUUGCAGGCUGGAACUACCACUAAACGUCCAAAGUUUCAAGACGCCACGUCCUCUGCCAAUAAGCGCUCUUUCUCAUUUUUUAUUUAAAAAAAAAGUCAAAGGGUUCAAAGUAAAUUAAUAAAAGAAAAAAAAAAAAAGAAGAAGAAAAACAAAAAAUCGUUGCGUCGUUUAUAAUAGUGUAUUUGUGCGUGAGUGAGUCCUGUUGUAUGCAUCUGUGUGCGCGUGUGUUCUGUACGCGUGUAUGUAUGUAAAAAUAAAAAAAAAAACAUAAAAAGAAAUUGAAUAUUAAACAAACAAACAAACAAAUUAUAAUAUAUGCUCAUAUACUCUCGUCGGGUCACACGAAAUUCCUUUCCAAUUGUAUUCUUCGUGGUGAAAAGUUGAACGCGUUUUUAAUUUUUUUACAAAUGAUCGAUCAAAGUUUACGUGUCUAAUCGAGAUAUUUUAAAAAAAAAUUUUUAUAUCCGACAAAAGAAAUUCCAUCUUUGCAAUAACAUCGAGAAAAAAAAACUGAAGAAACUAUUAACGAUUUACGGAUUAAUUUGUAUAUUUCAUUGAUACUAUAUUAUCACGCGUAAAUAAGUACUAACUUAAGGAAAUAAUACGAAUAGUAAAUGCUUAUUACUUAUUAAACAUGUUAUUUAUUCCAAAGCGUAGCCUUGAAUAAUUUCUUUCAAGAAUUAAGAAACUUAAUAAACAUUAAACGCUUAUUAAUAUUCGUCGAAAUAUAAUUUUUCAUACCUCGAGAUAGAUCCGAAUUCUAUGCGUUCUUAACUAGAUUGCAUUUAUAUUGCGAAAGUAUGAUCGAAGUAAAAAAGAAAACUUUCUUAUCGCAUAAAUCCUUUAAUUAAAUCCUUGAAUUACACGAUAAAUCAUUUUAUUUUUGUUCGUUUAAUUUUUUUACUUCGAUCACUUUACAGCUCGCAAAUAUUGACACGAAAGUUAUUAAGUAUGGGUAUCUGCGAUCAUAAAUUUAGUACGUAAAUACUUUUUGAAUAUUGUAAUAAUGAAGGAAUUCUCGUUUACUAUGAACGUAACCAAUAGUUAAAAUA